AAACAAACACUGGCGGCAACUGCAAAGACUCUGAAGAAGUAGCAGAACAAAUUCCAAAAAAAUAGUAUCAGUGAGAUGCAGAAAUUUUUAGUAUCAGAAACCUCGAAACAAGACAACAACCUCAAUCCAGAAUGGUUCUGUCCCAAAACUGGAGUUUAUAGCAGUAAACACCCACCCAUCUCUCUCCCCACCGACCCAUUUCUCGACGUUGUAUCCGUAAUUUUCUCGUACAAACACAAUGGUGUCACAGCUCUUAUUGAUUCUUCAUCUGGGUAUUCCAUUUCCUACUCAAAUCUUUUUCCUCUGGUCAAAUCCAUGGCUUCUGCUCUCCACACCAUAGGUGUUAAACAAGGUGACGUUGUUCUGCUUUUAUUGCCAAACUCCGUUUACUUUCCCAUUAUUUUGUUGGGUGUUCUUUAUUUAGGUGCAAUUGUUACUACUAUGAAUCCUCUCAGUACUGUGUUGGAGAUCACCAAGCAAACUAGUGACUGCAAUGCAUCUUUAGCUUUCUCUGUUCUGGAAAAAGCCGCAAAUUUUGAGUCUUUGGGGAUUCCUGUUAUUAGUGUGCCGGAUAAUGCAAUGUUUGAUAAGGAUAAUAAGGAGUUUCAAGCUUUUUAUAAGUUGUUUAAUGGUAGUUUUGAUUCGGGUUUGCGGCCGGUAAUUAGACAGGAUGAUGCGGCUGCGAUUUUGUAUUCAUCUGGUACUACUGGCUCUAGCAAAGGGGUUGUUUUAACUCAUAGGAAUUUUAUUUCCAUGGUUGAACUUUUUGUAAGGUUUGAGGCUUCGCAGUAUGAUUAUUCGGGUUCCGAUAAUGUGUAUUUAGCUGCUUUACCUAUGUUUCAUGUAUAUGGUUUAUCCCUUUUCGCCACGGGGUUAUUUUCUUUGGGGACUAGUAUUGUUGUGAUGAGGAGAUUUGAUGUUGAUGAGAUGGUAAAGGUUAUUGAUAGAUACGGAGUAACGCACUUUCCUGUUGUUCCGCCGCUUCUCCAAGUACUGACGAAGAAAGCAAAAAUUGUUGGUGGAAGUAGCUUGAUGAGUCUGAAACAGGUUUCCUCUGGGGCAGCUCCUUUGUUUGGCAAAGCUAUUCAAGAUUUUGUGGAGACUCUCCCUCUUGUUGAUUUCAUUCAGGGUUAUGGCUUGACAGAGUCAACUGCUGUCGGAACUCGAGGCCUUAACACUAAACACUUCCGGAAGUACUCUUCCAUAGGACUCCUGGCUCCAAACAUAGAAGCUAAGGUGAUGGAUUGGAUUACUGGUUGUUUCUUGCCUCCUGGCUGUAGUGGUGAGCUUUGGAUUCGAGGACCUGGUGUUAUGAAAGAAUAUUUGGAUAACAGCGAGGCAACUGCAUCAACAAUUGACAAAGAUGGUUGGCUGCAUACUGGGGACAUAGUGUAUAUCGAUAGUGAUGGGUACUUGCAUCUAAUUGAUCGUUUGAAAGAAGUAAUCAAAUAUAAGGGCUUUCAGAUAGCUCCUGCUGAUUUAGAGGCUGUAUUGCUUUGCCAUCCUGAUGUACUUGAUGCUGCAGUAACAGCUGGCAUAGACAAAGAAUGCGGGGAAAUACCAGUUGCAUUUGUGGUCAAGAGGCUUGGAAGUAUGUUGACAGAAGAAGCUAUCAUCAAUUAUGUAGCUAAGCAGGUUGCGCCGUACAAGAAGGUGAGAAAAGUGAUGUUUGUGCAAGCAAUACCCAAGUCCGCAGCUGGGAAGAUUCUCCGGCGCGAGCUUAGAAAAUUUACGCCUUGUAGACUGUAAUAUUUUACGGUUGAGUUUGUUUAUUCUCCAGUAGUUGUAUAUUUAUGUCUAUGGAAUAUGUCAAUAGAAAAACUAUUUUAUCGUCUGCCCAUAUUGGAAACUGAUAUGGGUAUGUAUGCCGAGUUGGAGUUUUUGGAAAGAAUGGAUCGAAAAUCUUGAUAGUGGUA